AUGUCAUUUACAGAGAAUGAUGAUAAUGUGCCUCUUUAUUACCUUGUUGGUAAAACUGAUUCAUCAGACGAAGAAGACAGUGAUCAAGACUUAGUCCCUCUUGCCUUUCUAAACAGUAUCAAAUUAAAAUCUGCAGCAGAAAAAUAUAAGGAAAAGAAUGCUAACGAUGACGAUGAUAAUGUGCCUUUAUCUCAAGCGUGUCGUGUAAAAUAA